GAUGAAAUUCCUUUUUCCUCCUUUCACCGGCUAUGAGUUACCUUACGGAGUACAUGGCCUGUCCACAGAGUUGACGAAUUUCUCUUUUAUACUGGCGGUAAUUUGUUUGCUAUGGAUUCCAAACACACUGUAUCCAUCACCUCUGCAUUUUCCUGUAUUCAGAAGUCCAUUCAAGUUUCAGUUUUCCAUACCAGCCUUUUGCGCACGCUCUCAUUGACAAUUCGCGGACCGUAUUUUCACUUUACGCAGGCUCACACUCAACGAGAUUUCUUUUCCGGCGCCAUUUUCUAAACUUUUCCUUCGAUACGUUGUGUUAGUUACCGUUAUAGAUUUCACGAAACCCUGCAUUACCUUUUAAUAAUCCGGUAGAAAUGCUGAUAAAGUUUCGCUGCUUCGGGGAAAAUAAGCUUUAGGAGGAAAUAGAUCCACAGAAAUGGAUCGUUACGUGCGUGUGAAGAAGAUCGGCGAAGGUUCGUUUGGAAAAGCGUUGUUGGUAAAGAAAAAGACCGAUGGAAAACAGUAUGUUAUCAAGGAGAUCAGCAUUUCAAAGAUGUCUCCUAAAGAAAGAGAAGAAUCCAGAAAAGAGGUGAAGGUUUUGGCCCAGUUAAAACACCCAAACAUUGUGUCCUAUCAAGAGUCAUUUGAAGAAAAUGGAAACCUUUAUAUUGUUAUGGAUUAUUGCGAAGCAGGUGACUUGUAUAAAAGGAUUAAUAACCAACGUGGAAUACAGCUUCCAGAAGAACAGGUUUUGGACUACUUUGUACAGAUAUGCCUGGCAUUGAAACAUGUUCAUGAUAGAAAAAUCCUUCACAGAGAUUUAAAAUCACAGAACAUAUUUUUAACAAAGAAUGGAAUAGUCAAGUUAGGAGAUUUUGGAAUUGCAAGAGUUUUACACAGCACUGUGGAACUAGCUCGUACUUGUAUUGGUACUCCGUAUUACUUGUCUCCAGAAAUAUGCGAAAACAGACCUUACAAUAAUAAGAGUGACAUCUGGUCCCUUGGAUGUGUUCUCUAUGAACUUUUGACCCUCAAACAUGCUUUUGAAGCAGGAAAUAUGAAAAAUUUGGUUUUGAAAAUAAUAAGGGGUUCAUACCCACCUAUCCCUUACAAGUAUAGUGCAGACAUUAGAGGCUUGGUUGCACAAUUGCUGAAACGAAAUGCACAUGAUCGUCCAUCCGUUAACUCCAUCCUAAAGAAACCAUUCAUUCAGAAGAGAAUUGAGAAGUUUUUGUCGCAAGAGGUUAUGGCGGAAGAGUUCAGUCACACAGUAAUCCAUCAUAAACCCUUGGGUGUGUUCGGCCAGCAAAGAAUGCCUCCCAAACAGCCUGUCAAGCCAGCUCCAGCACCACAAAAGUACAGCAAGCCAAAAGCCAAGUACGGAGUGUCUGUUGCAAAAAAGAAGCCUCCAGCAAAGAGGCCCAACUCUGGAGAAGCUGGCAAAAAACCUUCCAGGCCAAGCAGUGCUGCACAGGAGAAACCUAAUGACAAGAAAAAAGAACUGGACGCUCGUGAAAGAAGACGUAAAGAAAUGGCACAGAAUCAGGAGCAGAUGUACCAGGAUCACAUGAAGAAGGUUCAGCAGCAAAGAUGGGAACGUCAACAGCGUGACCAAAUUAACAGAGCUCGUGAGCAGGCAUGGAAGAACACUCUUAGUGUUGGGCUUAGUCCACAGAAAGAGAAAAAGCCAUCAGAUCCAGCAGCUGGUGCUAAACCAAAUCAACAGGACAUAUUUAAAAAGCAGCCACAAGCAAUGCAGAAGUACCAAGCAAAGGGAAAUGACAAGGAAAGUAAAGAGAACAAACCUGCUCGCCCGCUCUCAGCAGAAGAACGGAACAAACAAGCGGCUGUCAAAGUCGCUGGUAGACCUGUGUCUGCCAACGAGGCUAACAGAGCACCAGCUGCGAACCCUGUGAACUUAGCAUGGGAUGCUGCUAAACAGGGGCAGGCAGAUAGAGUUUCAGCAGCCGGAGCUGCAGAAAGGGCUCGUGUCUUAGAAGAGUUCUGGAACAGAAAGAGAGAUGCGCAGAGAAAUAGAGCCCGAGGACAGAAUUUCAAUGUUCUGCCCGAUCAUUAUCCUCCAGCAAACGUUCCUGGUAAAAAAGAUGCUGUGUCAGGAAAGGAUGCAAAAGAAAAGGAGUAUCUUGCUCGUUUGGAAGCCAUCAGACGCCAAAACUUCCAAGAACGAAAAGAACUUCAAAGACGAAUGGCUGGAGUGCGUGCUCCCGUGGAAGUACCGCCAGCACAGAAGGAGAAUGUGAUGAUUCCAGGAGAUCCACGUUAUGAUCCUGCAGCCAGGAAAAAGAAAAUUGCUGAUCUUAAGGCCCAAGCAGAGGAGCGAGCCGCCAUGUUACGAGCCCAGCUUGAACAGAGAAAGAAAGCGAUUUUGGAAAGAAUUAAUAAAGAGGGCAAAGACAAGCUGGAAAAGGAAAAUCAAAGACAAGAUCCUGAUAAAAGGCCUCUUCCAGCCUUAGCGAAAUACGAAAGACCAGCAGAACCUGCUCCAAAGCCAGCGGUCGCCCCCGUAGGCCUGGAGACGGCACUGAAAGAAGUUGGAGCCACUAUGUUAUUCAGAUCGAAUUCUGAGAAUGAUAUUCGUAAGAUGACAGAGGAGGAGAAGGACGAACCUUUGGCACCGCGCAAAGCCUGGGGAGAGGUACCGUUUCAGCUUCGCGUUCUUCCAUUGGAAGUUACAGCCUCUGCGAUGGAAGCGACCAGCGCUCAAGAUGCCGUCUUGAAACCCGCAGUCGACCCCGCCCGGAAACAGUGGAGCAAACCACAAAUGACCCAGAUUAUAUCCGCUCUGGGUAACGCCAAACUUCAGACUGUUACAACCACCAUGGGAGGAGACGACGAGCCCGACACUGCAAGGAAACCUCAACUUCCGGUUGUCACGCAAUCUUCACCUGCAGGGCCAUCAACAGCAAUGGGUGCAACUGUCACGGUGCAAAACCCCACCGUACAACCCAUGCUGGGGGUGACGGUGGUGAAAUCGCCCACCGGUGAUUCUCCAAAAACUGUUAUUAUGAGAAAGAAUAAAGUCGAAGAAGCGAGCGCUCAAGGAGAAGCCACCAUAACGAUAUCAGGAACAACGACAGAGAACACCAAAAAACCGCUUCCUUUAGAAACAAUCUCAGAACGAACCAAAGAGAGCGACAUUAGCAAGGAAGGUGCUACUGUUAAGACGGAGAAUUCAGAAGAUCUGAGUAUAGAAGACGUAGAAAAUAUCCCGGUGGAAAAGACGUCUGAAACAUCAGCUGAGAAACCAGUACCACCAGCUGCACCAAAGAGCCCAGUGAGGGCCUGGGGAGAGGCAAAAGCAAGCACACCCACUGAGAGUGCUCCACAACCAAAAUCUCCCAAAAGUGCCUGGGUACAGUCUGAUAACAGGGCGGCUUAUCAACAGUUCUUGAUCGAGUCACGCAAGCAAGCCGAACAGGAAUCUGCGUCAAGUAAUAACCAGGAGCCUCCGUCAUCUAAGCAGGCCGAACAGGAAUCAAAAGAAGCUCUCUUUGAGCGAGUUGAACGUAAAGAAGAAAAGAAAGAAAAGGAGUUUGAAGAUCUUGAAGUACAAGACAUUUCAGUUGACGACUUAUCAUUUCACACGGCUGACGGGUCACUCAACAACUCCCUGCGAGCUGCAGAGUUACAAACAGGAAUUUAUGAUACGAAUUUUACGAGGCUUCGCACCUGCUCUCUCCCGAACUUACGGUUGUUGUUCGAGACUGCCACCCCCGGACGUGUAGAGACUUCUGAGGCAGACCCGGGGGAGGAAGAUGAAGAUGAAGUGGACGACGGAAAGGAAACUAACGAUGAGCAAGAAGACAUUGAAGACGAUGAUGAGGAAGAAUUGGACGAGGAAGAUGGAGAGCUAGACGAAGAUGACGAAGAAGAAGAGUUGAACGUUGGAAGCGAAGAAGAAGAAAACGAAGAAUUCGAGGACAUGCUGAAUUCCAUGAGGGAUGUACUCGUUAGCACAGGUCGUUCUCCUUCGCCCAUGAAAGGCAUGCGUGGAACAGCUAGCAGCCUGGACUGGGAUCACAGCGUAGACACCGUACAAGUUCCUCAAGAUGAUGAAAGUGACGGCGUGGAAAUGGGACGAUCGUCAUCUGAACUGUCCAAUCUGAACGAGGACUGGGAUUCGGGUGAUGAGGAAGAUGACGACUCCGCUAAAAAGGAGGAGCGAGAGAAGAAGCGACUGGAGGAUGAAGAGAGUCUGUUCCAGAGGCUGGAAGAGUCACGGCUCAUGCUCGAACAAGAAUUGGGAAUUGACAGAUUUCUUCGAGUCUACAAGUUCCUUCAGGCUGUUCAGGAAAAUGAGGACGACAGUGCAGACAUAAGUUCAACAGGCGAGAUCAGUGAACUACUGGGAGACAAGGAGCACCUGUACCCAAAAAUACUUUACCUUGUUAUCGCGGAUUCUGCUUACACUGAAGAUAAUCAGUAAGCAAGUAUUGCUGGCAUUAAUGGAUCGAUCUUCACACGGUGCUGUAGUGAUGCUUAUCAUGAAAUUGUCUGAGAGAGUUCAACAAUUCAUCAAAACUUUGCGAACUGCAAAACAUUAUGCGGUACAAUUUUUGCUUACAGUUGUUGCAUGUGAUAUACUAGCGACAACAUUUCGUCUGAAUCAAACCUAACCAACUUGCUUGUGUGGAGACAAGUGGCCACUGGGUUUCUAGUGUUGUAAGUAUGUCGCAUGCAGUAGUUGUAAGAAAAUCUGUUCUAAAGGCACUACUAGAAAGUUUUCUAAGUUGUUCUGCAAAGUCUUGCGAGUCUCCCAACAAAAUAUUGAAAAGUUCGAAAGUUCCUGCAUCGAAUUUUUUUUUUAUGAUUCUCAUAAAUUUGACUGAACAUGAAAUCUGGAUUAUUUUUGUCAUUACAAUUUCAAUUGCGUUCACAAGUUACGCUGGCGUGACUUGCAGUUGAGGGUAUGAAAUUUCGGUUACCACUGUGCUAGAUUUAGGGCGUUUUUUUCAGUCAUUAGUUUAAAAGUGCAUCAUCUUCUAGCGGACAAGUAGAUUUGACCAAUUUUCGGCUAUCAGCUGAACUCCUUUAAGACCCUUGUAAUUGGUUAAGUUGGGUUUAAUGAGUGUAAAUACAGCCUCUUAGCGUUAGUUGCAUAAAAAUUACAGUAUUGUAUAACUUAAGAUGAAGAAACAAGUCGGGCGGGAACAGGUUCAAGCUUUUGUCUUUUAGUUAGGUUUAAACAUGAAGUCUUCCGUGCACCCAUUAUAUCGAUCGGCAAAACGUGGUAAAUGGCGUCUACUGAAGCAACAAAGAUUCAAUUGCACUAUGGUGAAUUUUGGUUUCUUGUAAAUAAUUACAAGUUAUAUGGACCUUCUGCACGACUUGGCCACGUAGUUCAAAGCACGCCAUUCUGUCUGGCAAGAUCUGGGAGCUGUCGCUUUCUCAAUGCCAUUGAGCAUGGUGAGAUUUGUUCCAUUGACCGAGUCGUACAAAAGGUUUAUUGCGCUCACGAAGUGGCAGCUAAGCAACUUAUAACCUCUAAAUCCACUUAAUAUAUGGUAGAGUGAGAAUAAACUCGGACGUAUAUA